CUUUGCAGCUCUUUAUGAAAUUGGUCACUCUGUUUUUUUACUUAUCUGAACGAUUUCUCAUUGGCGGUGUCUAAUUUUCUAUCCCCGAAAAUAAGUCCUGCGAAUCCAUUGCAAACAAUUCUUUGAGUUUUCUAGAAAAAAAAGGAACAGACAACCGAUAAAAUGCCGAGCAUCAAGUUGCAAUCGUCGGAUGAGGAGAUCUUUGAUACGGACAUCCAAAUCGCCAAGUGCUCCGGAACCAUUAAGACCAUGUUGGAGGAUUGCGGCAUGGAGGACGACGAAAACGCCAUUGUGCCGCUGCCCAAUGUGAACUCGACGAUCCUCCGCAAGGUCCUGACCUGGGCCAAUUACCACAAGGACGAUCCGCAGCCAACGGAGGACGAUGAGAGCAAGGAGAAGCGCACCGACGACAUUAUCUCGUGGGAUGCCGAUUUCCUGAAGGUCGAUCAGGGCACUUUGUUUGAGCUCAUUCUGGCUGCCAACUAUCUGGACAUCAAGGGGCUUCUCGAGCUUACCUGUAAGACAGUGGCCAAUAUGAUCAAGGGCAAGACUCCGGAGGAAAUCCGCAAGACCUUCAACAUUAAGAAGGACUUUACACCCGCCGAGGAAGAGCAGGUGCGCAAGGAGAAUGAGUGGUGUGAGGAGAAGUAGAUCGCUUUCGUCGGGACCAAAAGAUUUAAAAAAUACGGCGGAUGCCAGGUUUUCUAAAUUCAUUUAUCACUUUUUUUUUGGUUUAAAAGCCUUCAUUUAAAUUCAGAUAACUGAUCUGCUGCAAGCGUCCUUCGUGCUUGAUGUGAUUUGUGGGGUUAAUUUUUACGUCGUACAUAUAUUUCACAUAUAUAAAAGCGAAAAUGCAAAUUCUAUGUAGCCUAUAUGCAUAAGAACACUUUGAGUUUACCUUAAUAAAUAUGUACUACCCAAACAUAAGGAAAAGCCAAUUUUGUGGGCUUCCCCUUCUCAGUUUACUGGCAGAAGAUUGUCUAAGAUCCGGAAUUACUUUAAAACUUAUCUAUUUUAUUUAAUUGCAUAAAAAAAAGAAAAACAAUUUUCAAUUCAUUAACUUUAUUAUCGAAAAUAAAACAAAUAACUUUAA